AGACCUCGUGCCUGAAGGUUUUCGCGGGGUUCCGCAUAGAGGGACAAGAAAACGAGCGAAAUAAUUGAUGAAGGUAUUAUCGUGAAGGUUUUGAAGAUUCAUCGAGACAUUAUUUACCGGUGAAAACGGUGUUCUCGAAAUGAAAUUUUCGUACUCUGUGAUGCUGUGCUUGGCUCAAAGCAUGCUGGCCCUUUCGCAGGCAGUGGAGGAAAGUUCUUUGAGUGGCACUUCGACAAAAACGACAGACUAUCCACAUCACCCUCUGAAACUAACUGAGGAGCUGAAAGAAAAUGUAUACGACUCAUCGUCUGGAAUAGCUUCAGAAACUAAUGGAUUCGGAGAUCCACUGCAUUCCGGGAGGCAUAACAAAAAGAAAAUCAGACGGAGGAAAAGGCGAAAGAAGGUUGUACCAUUCAACCCGACGCUUGAUGACCCAGAAAGCAAGCGACAAGAAGAAUUUUCGCCGGAACUGCUGGCAGCUUGGGACCAAUUGCGGCGUGAACUGGCACUGAAUUCUGGAUGAAAAUAAUUAUGCAAUGCGGAAGUCAAUUAAGCAGAAUGCGGGAUGAGAUUUUUAAAAUUCGUCGGAAUCUCCUCCCUUCGUCUUAUCCUCUUAAUUUUUCAGAAAUUUUCCACCACCAUAAAGGAAACGCCAUUAAUUUCCCCGAAUAAUGUGGACCUGAAGGAGAAGUUGCAAAAAAGUUGAGGGAAAUUUUAUUCCCGCGAAUAGAGUCGGAAUGCUUCUUGCGUUGUGUGUAUGUCUGUGUCAAAGAAAAUGCUCUGUACGCAGAUUCUUUUGAAACAUUAAAAGCUUUCAACAGAA